GUGCAUAAAUUAUGUUACGCCUUUUUGAAUUUACACAAAGUUUGAAUCUUUAGCAUUAAUGGUUAGCUCACUACAAAAAUAAGACUGUUGUACAUGUACGAGUUAAAAAUGAUUUUCUUCGAGGUCCGUGUCUAGGUUUUUUCUGAUAGAUACACAAAGCUAACUGCUAUCUUUUCAAACACUCACUAGAUACCAGCACGCCUAAGCCUACACUGAAGACACCAAGUAAAGCAUCACUGCAGCCAAGUUAGUCAAGGGAAGAGUCUCUCAAACUGAUCAGUUAACGCUACUUGGACAUUCCUCGUUCAAAGCAACUAAAGAAUUUCCAUCUUACCAAUGGAUAACAAGCGUAAUUUCUCCUCUUGCUGCAACGCAGCCAAAAAUAUGACUACACAUCAAGGCCAAGGAUCUGGAGACAAUCAGUCUGAACCACACCACACCGACAUUGCAAAGCUUCUAUCCAUUGCAGCAGUUAUCGUCAUCCUGAACAGUUUAGUAUUUUAUUUGUUUCUCAAGAAGAAAACGCUGCGAACUACUUCAAACUCUCCUCUUUUCAGUUUGGCUGUGUGUGAUUUCUUCUCUGGCUCGGUCGUCAUUCCUCUAUUUACAAUAUUAUAUUUUACACCACUGGUGCCGUCUCAAAGGACACUGUUCUAUCUGGGAUUCUUGGUGACUGUUCUUCACAACUUUGUAGCCAUUUUAUCAGUGUACCACAUCGUCAUUGUCACGGCCGAGCGUUACCUGGCAAUCAAAUUUCCGCUUAAACACCUCGCACUUGAUCAGAAGAGCGUCAAUAUAGUCUUAGCACUGGUUUGGCUUUUCUCUCUUCUCAUAUCACUUGUUCCGUUUACCUGGAUCAAUAAGAUGUAUCCAGUAUUCCAGCCAGUAUCCUUAAAAUUCACUCUUGUUUUCACCAUAUUCUGCAUGGUGUUCGUCUUGGUUCUACCCUACAUCUUUUUGGUUUAUGCAUUUAUCGACAUGUUCAAAGCCGUGUAUGGUGGAUCAAGAAAUAGACACCGCGAAGACAACGGCUUUUUGCGACAUACAGAAAUCUCCAAAAGGCGAUCAACCGGCGAGCGAAAAUGUUUGAUGCUCUUCGUUAUUAUGGCGUCUGUAUUUCUCGUAUGCUGGCUUCCUUGGUUCGUUGUAUUUCUAUUGUACCAAUUGCAGCUCGAUUUCUCUAAACUGAAAGUACCUUCUCAAGUGUCUUUGCUCAUCAGGUACAUGUCAUCCGCAGUCAACCCGUUGCUUUAUACCUUCCUCAAAAGGGACUUCAAUCAGACUCUAAAAUUUGUUUUCAGCAGGAAGAGGCAAGUGUCCAUAUUAUUCACCCGCCAAAGUAGAGGAACAUUGCAAUCAAAUUCCAGCGACCCACCGACGACCUCUCUCCAAAGGCAACCUGGACGCCGUACGUCUGUUGCUACAGUAUUACGCACCAUCGAAGAAUGCGAGGAACAUUUAUACGAGAGUGCAUUAUGAGGACUGCUACGGCUGUACGCGCUGGAAACAAGUCUGGACAGUGCCUUUCAAAUGACUUCCUUAGUUUGAAUUAAGGUUAAUUACGGUGAGCUACCCGAGGUGGGUGGGUGGGGGUGUGCGGCUCGCUUCCCAAUCCCCUUUCCCUAUUUAUGACUAAAAUCUGGGAUUUUCCCUGCCCUUUUUAUGAACUGACCAAAAAUUCGAUAUACUAUUUACGACCUGACCCUUAAAUCAAUACCCUGUUUCAGACCUGCCUUAUAAUCAGUUCCCUUGUUCAGGCCAAUGUUACAUUGUCGUAAACAUAAUUUUUGAAGGGCUUUUGUUGGUGGUCUAAUCGAUAAAAGGGGACUGUAGCUUCUUCCCAUUUCAAGACCAUAGUGCAAAAACCAUACCCUAUUUAUGACGAAAACGGCUGAAAAAUCAUACCUUCAUACCUAUAUAGCCCAUAUAUGGCAGUAGCCCCUCCCUCCCCUCCCCCACUCCUUCUCCCUUCCGGGGAUGAGCUACCACUAAUAAAGUCAGGAAUCGUCAGGCUUCUUAGUUACCGCAUCUCAAGUGAACUAAAACGGAAGCGAUGCAACUCAUGUAAUUCCGUUUUUACUCUACUACCUUUUCAUGGAAUAAUGAAAAAUAAUUGCUGUCAAGAGAUCACUUAUGAUCUAGCGAAUAUUGUCCAGCAUCUGUCAAGUUGCGAGAUGCAAACCACAGAGAAUUGAUAGCAAUUUUUUUUUAAAUAUGAAAGUUUGAUGGUCGUUCCUGCAAUCACAAGGUAAGGGACAGACCAUUAGAAAAUUGAUGGGGGGUGGGGAAAAAAAUAUCAUGCAAGGGAGAGUGACUGAAAAAUCGUGCAAAGAAGAAGUGAAGAAAAAAAUUCCUGUAGAGUGAAUUGCACUGUCGGGCUAACAAACUGUAUUGGGUAACUUGGCAGCCACUUUACACUGCAGUUUUAAUUUCUUCGUCCUGGUUGAAUCCCCAUUUACCCGGUUUUCUCUACAAUUAGGAAAACGGACAUUUUUCCCUUUCAAGGCUGAUACAUUUUGUGCCCACCAACCUUAUCAUGGACACUGCUAGUCAAACAUCGUAGCAGUUCAACCCUUAUGGAUAACCAUGGCUGAAAAACCCAUGUGCUAUAAACAGCCAUCCUGCUUGAUUCGUUUGCAAUUAAGCAAGCACAUACCAUGUUUUGAAAGCUUCGCCAUAUGGGAGUGAUUUCACAACUGACAUGUAUAAAUGACAGUUGGUUCACCCAUGCCGAACCGUAACACUUCCUUUAAGAUGGCCGCUAAGAUGAACGUUGGACAAACGUCGAAAUCGAAGACAAUCAUGGAGGUGUUAACGCAACUAAUGCGUUUAGUAUGGGCAUUUUCAAUCUAUUUUAGGUUUUUGACAAAGUAAACGACGCGUUAUCGUUCAAGUUUAAUCGAUACAUAUAAUUUAUGGGCUGAAAAUCGUAGAAAAUGCCCUAAAAACGCUCAGCGGAAUAGGACCUUUGGCCCCAUAUUUGUUACUGGACGGCCACUAACAGAAUCCUAGCUAAAACCUUGAUUCACUGCCCCGGGUUCAAGGGGAAUCAAUAAAUAAAAUUUCCUUAAACGUCAAACAAAAACUACAAUGCAGCCCCAUCAGUUAGACAAAUGGCACUUAAAUGUGUCUGAUGCUUGGUUAUGUUUCCCCCAGUAUAAGUUUGAUAAUAAAACAAAACGACUGUGUGAAAGAUAAAAAAUAUUUGUUUGAAGCUUGUUUCAGGCAAUCAGAUUGUGGCGAGUGUCAAGAUUAAGAUUGUGACAAUAGAAUAUCCCCCCCAAAAUAUAUAAUAAUAAUAAUAAUAAUAAUAAUAAUAAUAAUAAUAAUAAUAAUAAUAAUGAUGAUAAUGAUAAUGAUAGUAAUAGUAAUAAUAAUUUGUGCAGGGGACUUGACCCGAAAAAAACAAUCCUGCAGAGGCAGUGGACGUGAAAAAAAUUCCUACAAGCUAAAAAAGACUCACCUCAUCCC